AUGGACAACCUGGAUUUUUCAGAAGAGGAAAUUCCACAGCUGGCCCUCCUUGGCUAAAACAUACCAAAACACAGGCUGCGCGAAUUUAAACAAGAUCUUGAUGAACUGAUUCGACGAGGGGAGUGGAAAAGCCUGGCCUCAUCAACUCAGAUAAACACCAAAUCUCAGACAGCCACAUCUCAGCCAAGUCCUCCUGCUUAUACCAAAGAAAAGGUUAGUCCGCACUGUUUUAACGGCUCUGGUGGAGCAUUCUUCCUGCAUGCAGGCAACGCAGACCACAGAAAGGUAAGCAUUAACUACUUAUGUCAUACAAGAAGUGGAUGCUGUGACUCGUACGCUCAACACUCGGUGGCUCAGAAGAUCAGGCUCCCUCCAGGUGCUCCAAGCAGGCUGCAGGUGGAGCAGGAUCUUGAGGACACCCUCCAGUCGCCAUUGACAGAUGGUUACACAUCUACCGCGGACACCCAGGAGAGAUGCUUCAUCAAGAGAAAAGUCCUGAGGAAGCAUCAAGGAGAGUCAUUUUUCUGUGAUGAAUCCGUCUACAGCGACGACUCGGGUACAGCGAGCGGACUGGAAGAACAACUGGCCGAACUUCAUUUAUCCACAUCACCUCAACAGGACUUUGAGUCAGAGAGUGAAGACGUGACCAGUCAGAGCGACACACAGAGCUCUGAGAGUGACAGCGGCUCUCUAAGUGCCUUUGACUCAUACAUGAGAGGCAUGACUCAAACUCAGCGUGAUGGUGAUCUGAGGCCCAAACCCCAAAUCCUGUAAGGCAGCAUCAUCCGACCAGUGACGAGUCGGGAAACCAUAAAGAAGACUGACCCAGUGGCCAAGUAUUUCCAGUACAAGCAGCUCUGGGAAACGUUCAAACUCUCAGGAGAGAAGGACAGGAGGGCUCUGCGCUGGGAGAUCAAGGAACGGCUUGCAUAUCAGCCUCCACCUCCUAAACCUCAGAGUUACGUGCCCAACAGCUACAUCGUGCCAACAGAGAAGAAACGGUCGGCACUUCGCUGGAAGAUCAGGAGCGAUUUGGCCGAUGGUCUCCUUCCGCGUAAAUUCAGCUAACGAUGUUAGGUCUUACACUCUGCACAUUGUUUUUGACAGUUUUAUUAAAAUUUUUGCAUUUUAUAAUCAUUUGUGUUAUUUAUUAAUGACUUUUUUUUACACAAAAUAAACACAAAGAAA